AACCAAUUGUUCUCAAGCCAAAGUCCGAGCCAGGAUGACGGCUAUUGGACAUUUCUUCACUGUGCAGCAGGCUGUUGGGGGCAGUGCCGCCUGAACGAGACCAAUCGACGCAUCGACUCGCUCUCCGAUGGAGUGCAUAUUGCAUGUCCCCGCAUGCGCAGCCCAGGCAACGCCAGGCAGGACGGUCUCACAGCCUGCCUCAGAUGCCAACACUCUGAGCAACCGCGGGGUAUAUCAAGAUGAUCCAUCUCAUCCAACAUCCAAGUUCCCCAUCACUCAUCCUUUCUCUUCUUUUGAAACCGACACAAAGCCACAGAUACAACAACCAUGCCGAGUGACAAGCCGCUCCAAGACGACGAUGAGUCGUACUCCAUCAUCGAGCGUUUGGCUGAUGCCAUCCGCAUCGAAGAUGACCUCCACGCUGGCACCGAGGAUCGCCAAAGGCUGGUUCAGGAUCUCUACGAAGGCCCCAAAAAGUGCCAAUGUUGCCUGAACUGGGUCCACGAGAUGCCCCCUGACGUGGAAGUCGACCAAGACAACGAGGACUGCACCUAUCCUCUCAUUGUCCGCCGCCGUGUUCUAGCCACCAUGAACGGCAACAAGAAGCGGAUUGAACUCCACUCGAUUGAGAUCCGCCAUCCCCAAGUCCGGGAGGUGCUAUUCGAUGUGUUUGAGGGAUACGAUAACCUCGUGAAAGAGGUCAAGUUCUUGAUCUUCAAGGCACCGUUCCGCCCAUUCUUCUGGCGCUGGGACAGGUUCAACGCCGCCAUCGACAAGGAAGAGAGUGAGGUUGUCAAGACCAUUCUGAUCCAGCUGAGGUCCCUUGUCAGGGCCGACCUGGCCGAGGCGUUUGCAGUCAAGGAAGAGCUCGUCAGCCACGGCAUCAUCACUUUUAAGCACCUGUGGACCAUUUUCCCUCCAGGCGAGCUCGUGUACGAGACUCCGCGUAUCACCAGACAGUCAAACCUGGGUGACUUCUUCAUUGUCACCGAGGUGGAAGCCCCUCACGAUGACCCCGAGCGCUACCAACGCCAUCCACGAUACAACCUCUUCUGCACAGGCACUUCAUGGAAUGGGUCUAGCUUUGGCGCCACGAAUGACAACAUCAGUCUCUCUAGCUUCAAGGGCACAAGAAAGAUUGCGGACAUGCGAGUCGUUCCGGUAAAGUACCUCGAGGAUGCCGCCGCAAUCAAAGCCCGAUGCCUCGAAAGGGGAAAGAGACAUCACGAGCUCGCUGGCAUCACCUACAAGGCAUAUCUCCCUGAGAAGGCAGAUGAGAUGAGCGAGUCAGAGCGGAAACAGCACACCAAUCGCAUCAUGUUGGAUUCCCGGAACUGCCCCAGAAGAACCUUUACCAGACACCUGAGCGAGGUAAACAAGCCGCAGCUUUACACUGAGCUGAUUACGCAAGCUCCGGUUGACGCUGCCCCGCCCGGUGGUCACCGUCCUCUUGAGGACAACCCGCUGAGGCCUCGAUACCGGCAACCAAUUCCAGUGCACGACUACGACGCACCAUACGACGAGCCGUACGCCAGACCUCCUCCACGACCUCUAGUUGUCGAGGACGAUCCUAUGGCGACAGGGACAGAAGACGGCGACAAGAACAAGAAGCAGGUCCUCGAUGAGCUCGAGCUGUUGCUUUUGUCUUCUUACAUGCAUGGCUAUUGCCUCAAGGAGAGAAAAUGGGAUGACUUUGAGGUGGAUCGCAUCAUCGACGUUGAGAAGAACACCAAGCCCUUUGAUAGCCUUGUGCUCCCGGACGGUUACAAAGAUCUCAUUCUGUCCUUUGUCGAGAAUCAGCUCAAGGAUGGAGAGGCCUUUGACGAUGUCAUCAACGGCAAGGGCGGUGGUCUUGUCAUGUUGCUGGCCGGUGAUCCAGGUGUGGGCAAAACAAUGACGGCAGAGUCUGUUGCUGAAAAGAUUCAUGCACCGCUGGUCAAGAUGGAGUUGUCGGACCUCCUGAAAGACGAACGGGAUCGUAUGCCCGAGAGGCGUCGGCGCGAUUCCCGGUCACGCUCACCCGUCAGCAGCCGCGAUGACGAUGAGCUGACCAAAACCUUCUCGCUUGCCGCCAAGUGGAAGGCCGUGCUCCUAAUCGAUGAGUGUGACAUGUAUCUUGAGAAGAGGAGUGACGACUCCCCGGAACGAAACCGGCUCGUGGCCCGCUUCCUCCGUGAGCUGGAGUACUAUCCUUCUCUGCUGUUCCUCACCACCAACAGAGAACGUGUUCUGGACCCGGCCAUCUACUCGCGCAUCCACCUCACCAUCAACUACCCUGCCCUGGACCUGUCAUCACGUCUCGCCAUCUGGAAGACGUUCCUGGGCAUGGAGGAGGGAGAAUUCGCCUCCACGGUCACGGAUGAGGAGUUUGACACGCUAGCGUCGAUCGAGACAAACGGCCGCAGGAUCAAGAACAUCACCAAGACUGCAAGGAUGAUGGCCAAGAGAUAUGAUAGAGGUAUCACUUUCGAGGAUAUCAGGAACGUGAUGCGUAUUACGGAAGGACUGCAGAUUUGA